AUGGAGGCUGCUGGCCUCGUUGUUGGGGUCGCCGGGCUUGCCGGGCUCUUCAACUCCUGCCUGGAGGCCGUCGACAAGGUACAAUCCUACCGAACGUUCGGAACUGACUCGCAUGUUUUAGACACUCGGUUCAAGGUUGCUAAGGCCCGUUUUGAACGAUGGGGCCUGGGCGUAGGGAUCGAGCAAGGCAGACUGCUCCCCGAUCAUCACUCCGCCCUGGACGAUAGAGACACGUCUACGGUAGUGACUGAAUUACUGCAAAUCAUCAUCAAAGCCAUUUGCGAUGCGAGAAAUGAGUCUCCACGCCGGACUCGGGCCGCGGGGACAAGCGAUGACGACUUUUCGAGCUUACACCAGUCGAGGGCACCUUAUGCCGUGACGUCCGAGUCGAGGAGACAGAAGAUAACCUGGGCACUCCGGGGAAAGGGAGGGCGCACCGAGCAGGUCGAGUUAUUUGAAAAGCUGGUGCAGGAACUACAUAACCUGGUGCCACCGCAUACAGGUGAAAGUACGCCGUCGGCGCACAAACCGGACACAGGGCGCACCGACCUGGAAAUCUCUAUCCUCAAUGCGCAUCUUAUGAUGAAUUUUGCGUAA